AAUAUAUAUUAAUUAUUCACGGAGAAGCAGGUCAAAGCCUCAUCCUCUUCCAUCUUCAGCAAUUUUUUGGCCUCCCAAAUCCAUCCCCUUUCAUCCCACAUUUUCAUACUUUUCCGGCAUCAAUGGAUCAGUUUCUUCAUUCAGAUUCUCACAACAAACCCACCUCCCACCCUCAGAAGCACCACCAACCGUCCAACAGUGAGCUCCUCGCCAGCGCCAAGUUGUUGGCUGAGGCAGCCCAGUCAUCGAUGCAACAUGAAACCGACAAAGUUGACAAGGGCAGGGCGGCCGGUGCCGCUGCCGAUCUCCUCGAUGCUGCCUCUCACUAUGGAAAGCUGGAAGAAAAGAGCUUCGGCAAAUACGUAGAAAAGGCCGAGACUUAUCUCCACCAGUACCACUCAUCCCAUUCCUCCACCACCACCACCACCCAUGGUUCUGGCCACUCAGCCACCACCACCACCACACACUCAUCCGCCACCACCACCGCACACUCAGCACCACACUCAGAUGGUGGUAGUACUGGUGAUGCCAAUUCCGGAAGUGGGUACGGGGAAUACUUUAAGAUGGCUGAAGGUUUCUUGAAGAAAUAUUGAUUCCAACUGCUUUUGCAAUUUCUUUGCUGUAUUUUCGUUUUUUUUUCUUCCUUUUCCUCUUUGUAUGUUCUAUCUAUUCUGUAGUUGUGCUUUGUGGAUUUGUAGCCUUUGGAUCUUGGGUUGUAGACUUGUAGUGUGUCACAAAUAUGUUUAGUGUGCUACAAAUAUGUUCAGUGUGCUAAUCUAUUCGCCCAACAUGUAUUUCUCCCUUUUAUCUCAUCAGAUUGCAAUAUUAGAUUAUA